CGGCCCAGGCCCCUGCCCCUGCCUGGCCUCAGUCCCCCUCCCCUGGCUGUGCCCACCGCCCGCAGGACCCCUCGGCUGCCCGGAGCCCCCCGCACCCCCAGACCCCGGCCUCCAGCACCGAGGUGGGAGGCAGAGAGCAGCAGCGGAGCAAGGGGGACUACAACGAGGAGGAGGAGGAGCCGUCGCAGGAUGAAGGAUCGGACUCAGGAGCUGCGGAGUGCAAAAGACAGUGAUGAUGAAGAGGAGGUGGUCCAUGUGGACCGAGACCACUUCAUGGAUGAGUUCUUUGAACAGGUGGAAGAGAUCCGAGGCUGCAUUGAGAAACUGUCAGAGGAUGUGGAGCAGGUGAAAAAGCAGCACAGCGCCAUCCUGGCCGCCCCCAACCCAGACGAGAAGACCAAGCAGGAGUUGGAGGACCUCACGGCAGACAUCAAAAAGACGGCAAACAAGGUCCGGUCCAAGUUGAAAGCCAUCGAGCAAAGCAUUGAGCAAGAAGAAGGGCUGAACCGUUCCUCCGCGGACCUGCGCAUCCGCAAGACCCAGCACUCCACACUCUCCCGGAAGUUCGUGGAGGUAAUGACCGAGUAUAACGCAACCCAGUCCAAGUACCGGGACCGCUGCAAGGACCGGAUCCAAAGGCAGCUGGAAAUCACUGGCAGGACCACGACCAACGAAGAACUGGAAGACAUGCUGGAGAGCGGGAAGCUGGCCAUCUUCACGGAUGAUAUCAAAAUGGACUCACAGAUGACAAAGCAGGCGCUAAACGAGAUUGAGACGAGGCACAAUGAGAUCAUCAAGCUGGAAACCAGCAUCCGUGAGCUGCAUGACAUGUUUGUGGACAUGGCCAUGCUUGUGGAAAGCCAGGGUGAGAUGAUCGACCGCAUUGAAUAUAAUGUGGAACAUUCCGUGGACUAUGUGGAGCGAGCUGUGUCCGACACCAAGAAAGCUGUGAAAUAUCAGAGCAAGGCUCGGAGGAAGAAAAUUAUGAUCAUCAUUUGCUGUGUGGUGCUGGGGGUAGUCUUGGCGUCAUCCAUUGGGGGGACGCUGGGCUUGUAGGCCCCAUGCCCUCACUCUCCCAGGUCCCUCCCCCCACAUUGGGAGCAAUACCCCCAACCACUCUUUCACUCCAUCCUCUGCUCCAAGCUCAUUCCCAAAACAAACCCAGGCAGCCCCCCCCCCCUCCCAUGGCAGAACUGGAGUCCUUUGGCCUUUGCCCUGCCACGGACCCUCCCUACACCCGCACGCAGAUAGCAGCAGGCGUGAUCACACAUGCACACCAACAUGCAUGCUGCCGGCACAUGCUCGAGACGUGUGGACACCCCAGCGUGUGUGUACUUGCGUAGAUAUGUAGAUGCUCUGCGUCACUCUUCCUGCCGCCACCUCCAUUCUGUGUUGUCUCAGCUUCCCCUUCCACCUGGGCUGCUGUGUAGACUGUGGCCGAGUGUAACACAGCAGCUCACCAUGCCCCAACCUGUCUUGUGUGUGAGUGUGAGCGUGUGGUGUGUGUGCGCACGUGUGUAUUUGUCUCAGAUCUGUGGCCAUACAAUUUGUGUACAUGGAACUCUGUGUGAGUGACUGACCUAAUGCAGCAGUAAUUCAUCCAUUGACACCUGUCUCUUACGAAUGGGACAGGAAGUGUGUACAGAGAUGUUCACAUCCUUGGAGGAUCCAGAGACUGUAGCUCACAUCCUGUGUGAUACCGAACAAACUCUCCUGACUCACCCCGGCGGCUGCAUCACGUGUGUGUUUGUGUGUGUGUGGCUGUGGAGUUCAAGUGGGGAGAGUGGAAGCAUGUGGGUAAAUGACCUGGCUCAAUCUGUGUAAAUGUGUAUUUUUCCCAGUAGAUUAUGUGACAGACAUAUGUGUGUGCAUGUAUGCGUGGGUGUAUGUGAAGUGUUGUUAGGUUUUUUUCUCCAACAGAGCCCUCCCCACUGUGGACUAGAUACCAGUUUUGGGUGGGCACAGAUCCUUGUGUUUCUAUGCUACGUGGAAUAUGGCAGUGCGUGUGUGUGUACCUGUGGAUCUCUCAGGCCUUUCUAUACUGUGUUUCUGUGUAUCAUACACAUUUAACUUUUGAGGGCAUGUGGCCCACUUAGGUUUGUUUAUUCAUGUUUAGUUGCCCCUCUCCUCCCCCCAGAGCAGCUGACCAGUGUCUGGUAGGAGCAGACAUACUGCUACAAGAACAGCGUGCGAGUGGAGCUUUCUGCCCUACCACGGCUCCAGCCCUGUGAACAUAUGCCCAGAUUCUUAUCUUGUUCUGUGUUUCUGCCCAAGAACAGAACCCAGCCUGUGACAGCUAGCACGCCUCAGUGUGCUCACGCAUGCCAAGGCUGAGGAGGUCUCAUUGAAGGUGGCCUUAGCUGGGCAUGCACAAGCACACUGGUAGCAUAGUGCCCACUCAGGCCAGCCUCCAUUUUCACCUCUCUCCCAUGAAGGACUGUUGGAGGGAUGAGACUGAUGAGGUGAUACAGUGUUUGUCCUUUCUGCUCCCUUGAUGCUCUGAACUCUUCCUCAGGAAACUGGGCUUGGGCAACUUGAUUUCAGGUAUAAAAGAGUGACCACUCAGGGUGGGCUAACCCUGGGGCCCAUCCCUUGGAUGCUUCUGCUGCUGAAACAGCCACUCCCAUCCUGUGGUGACACAGAGGGUAGGGCGCGGACAGGCCUGUUCUGUAGUGGUCAGAAAAGGAGUGGGAACGACUAAACCAUGUGGUCUGUGGAUCAUGUUUGGUGGCAGGUAGGAGGUACAUGGGACAAAAGACAAUGCUAUAGAGGUACCUCACCUGAUGGCCUAGGAACAUGUUGCAUGAAUGUGCCCUGCCCUGAGGUGGGGCAUACAUUUGAACUGGUACUGUGCGCAAACUCCUUGCCACGUGAAGUGUGUGUGUUCGUAUAUGUGAGAGAGACCCUGCAGGUGCAGUCCUUCAGAACAUGACACCAUCUCAGCCAGCUCCAAUGGCUGACCUCAUGUCUGCCUGGCUGUCUGUGUCCCGACCAUCGUGCUGUGUACCACUGUAGUCACACAUAUGUAACCCCACACCAGCUGUGCUGAGGAGAGACCCUCCCUAUCCAUUUCCAGAAUGCCCUUUUUCAGGACAGGGAAUCUGACUACAGCUGUCCUGCUCCUGUCCCAGACUUUGGAGCAAGCCCCCGCAGCCAGCCCCCUUCUUCUUACCUUCUGCCCAACCAGGACCUCUCCUUUCAGCCUGUGUUUCCAACAUCAUCACCAGCCUUGCUGUUCACAGGAGGACAGGACCAUGACUGGCUUGCUGCUCCUACCUCCAAGUGGCAUUGUGCCCAUAGUUGCCCACCCCUGGGUCUCGGUGGAUGAGGAGUCUCUGAGGGUCUGCUGCUGUGCGCCCUAGCUUUCUAAAAGUCCCACACAGCUUGUUGGCUGCUGUCUGUAUGUGUGUCCAAGAGAGUUGUCUGGGGGCUGGUGUCUUUUGCAUGUUCUCAGACAAGUGUGUGCUGCCUGACCUCCAUAUACCUACAGCCAUCAAGCCCAUGUGUGCCCUGUGGCGGUUCCAGGCCCAGCCAGGGCUUCCCCUUCCUCCUCCAAGCACACUGUCCAUCUCAUGUGCCUGUGGGUCAAUGUGCGCUCUUGCCAUACCUUGAGCGUGUAUACAUGAUGUAUUCUAUGCAUUCACCCUGUCCCCCCAAGCCCCCCCACAGAGGACAAGAUGGACGGCCCUUGAUCCCCUUCUCCCCAACCUGCCCCUUUCCCCGCUGUGCAGCCGUGUGCGUUGGCGUGUGUUUCUGUGUCGCUGGCGUGUCACGUGAUGUAGCUGUGUUUGCUGACAUGAGCCCCUGCCCCCUCCUCUGUUCCUGGUUUCUAGAAGCUCUUUCCCUCCCCUCCCCAGAGGGGAUAGGACUCCUGGGACCUGGCUGGGGGCCCAGAGCCUAGCCACCCUCCUGUUAGCCCUCAGAGUCUCAUUUCUCUCUAUUGGUGACCAAGUUGCAAAUGGAUAAAAUACAGGAAAUUCUGCCCCCACCCCAGCCCUGCAUGUCCUGUCCCCAGAGUCCCCCCAACCCCACCCUGGGCCAGGUUGGGCCCUGUGGGAUGGGAGAAAUAGCAACCAAUCCAACAGCGGGCCUGCUGUGUGCUCACUUCCUUCUGUCCCCACAUGGGGCUCGCCGACUUGGUGAGGGGAGACACAUAGGGAGGGAGCUGGACCAGUGGUGAACACAGGCUUGGAAAAGGAGUUUAAUCCAGGCUUGGCCAAGUACAAUAUUACUGGCAUUCUCUGGCUGAGAGCCAACAAUAAUGCAGGAGCUGAACUUGGGAGAGGGGGCAAGACAUGGAAAGGCACAAACUGAUUUCCUCAGCUUUCUUUAAGGCAAAUUAAAAGAUAAAUAUCUAAAGGUGA